AUUAAUUGCCAAAAAGUUUAGCGCAGUCUUUUCAGUUUAAAAUAUAUGUAUAUUAAUCUGUAUUUUCUGCGCUUGCGCCACAAUACAAGUCUGCGUUCAGAAAAUGGCAAUUUACAUAACAAUUACGACCUGUCAUAAUUUGCCAGUGUUUCCGUUUUGUUCAAGAGGCCGUGUCAUAAGUGAAAUUUACUUCAAAAGUCUGAUGCAUUUUUUUAACAGCAAAACACCUCUCCAUUGUGUCUCCUGAGCUCUUUCUAUACCCCACAACCCUUUGGCGCAGCGUGGCGGAAGUUCAGUGUUUCUUUGUAUAUUCAAUACGUUUGACGUUCUCUUGCAGCAGCCUUGACCUGGAAGUACCAGCAGUUUUUUUUUUCUUUCACUGUUUUUAAGGAUGGCGGUAAAUGAAGGAGACGAGGUUGUUCUUUCUAUGGUGGAUGUCCUAGAGGAAAACGAAGAGUUAGAGAAUGAAGCCACCGCUGUGCUGGGGGGCAGUGAUCCUGAGAAAUGUUCCUAUCCCAAGGGCUACGUUAAGAGACAGGCCCUCUAUGCCUGCAGUACCUGCACACCGAAAGGUGAGGAUCCAGCGGGGAUAUGCCUAGCCUGCUCCUACAAGUGUCACGAGGGGCAUGACCUCUAUGAGCUGUACACCAAAAGGAACUUUCGUUGUGAUUGUGGCAACAGCAAGUUUAAAGGCUUUGAGUGCAAGCUGUAUUCUGGAAAAGACACAUUGAAUACCAAUAACAAAUACAAUCAAAACUUCAUUGGUUUAUACUGCACCUGCAAAAGGCCUUAUCCUGAUCCUGAAGACGAGGUUUCAGAUGAGAUGAUCCAGUGUAUUGUGUGUGAAGACUGGUUCCAUGGCAGGCAUCUUGGUGCCAUCUCUACAGAGAGUGUGGAGCUCCAGGAGAUGAUCUGCGUGUCCUGCACAAACAGAACCCCCUUCCUCUGGGCCUAUGCAGCACACCUAUCAGCUCCUUCUGUGACUGUAAUGAGCCCCAUCGUGGCUGACGUGGACAUGAGUAUGGAGGAGACUGAGGGAAAGAAGGGGGUCAAGGAGGAGACUGAGAACAAACCCCCUGAGCCAAGCGCAGAGGAAACUCCCACCUGUAAGAAUGAAGGACAGCAGCCUUCCACCAGCACUGCUUCUGACCAGGAGCCGGUCGUCAAUGGAGAGACUGCCUGUAAAAGGAAAUUGGAUCAAGCAGAGACAGAGACUUGUAAGCUAGAGAAACUGAAAGGAAAGGCAUUUGUACAGAAAAACACUGCCAUCUACUUGCCAUACAACUGGCGCAGCAAGCUGUGUACCUGCCAGAAGUGCAAGAAAACCUAUGCAGAAUCUGAAGUGCCCUUUCUGCUGGAUGAGUCGGACACAGUGCUGGCCUAUGAGAAGAGAGGACAGUCCAAUCAGGAGAGUGACGCAGAAAGCAGAGAUCCUCUUAUGGCAGCUUUGAGCAGCAUGGACAGGGUCCAGCAACUGGAGAUGAUCUAUGAGUACAACGACCUGAAGACUGAGCUGAAGGAUUAUUUGAAGAGGUUUGCCGAUGAAGGCAAGGUGGUAACCAGUGAGGACAUCCAGGACUUUUUUGAACAGCUACGGUCCAGGAAGAAAAGAAGGGUUGAUAAUGACCACCAUUACUACACUUGAACAAUUUCUAUCUCUCGCUGUCUCUCUGGCAUUCAAGCAACACUUUUAAACAAUUCAGAUUUUUUUUCAUGCAUUUUUUCCCAUAGUCUGCUUUUAAAUAAAGAUGUCGCAAUAGGAAAUCAAAUGGUCCUUCAGGUUUCUUGUUUUAAUAUUUUGAGCCAGCACCGUGGUUUUAAGACUGUUCAGUUUAAUGACUUGGUGUAGGGUAUCUCAGCAGAAGACAUAGAAUGCAUGGAUUAUUAGAAUCGCCUUUCUGCUUGGUGAGGUGGUUUGCACCAUGAGUGUAUGGACCGAUAUGUGGAAUCCAGUGCAACACUGCACAGCACUGCAGAACCUCUCUGCCACAGUACAAAAUAGGACUUGAUAGUCAGGCUUUAAGUGGGCAUAUGAGUUUAAUGUGUAACUGGUUAAUGUGCAAGUAGCACAUACUAUAUUAAACGUGGUACUGUCAUUUCUUUUUAGAUGUUUUGAGUCGUUGUGUUACCAUCAUUUUUAUUUAUAUGCUUUUGUUCUUUUAAACUUUAAAUCUUUUUGUUUGUAGGAAGAAAAUGUAAUGCUAGACGGAGCUUUAGUUCCUGGUUGUAUUUCAAAGGAGUGAGACCUCUAUCUAACAAGCUGUUUUUGUCUUUCCACAAAGCAAGAUCUACAAGAAAUUUAAAAAGGGAUGAAAUAUACUGUGACAAAAAACGUAAUGUCUGACAUCGCACAAGCAAACAGUAUCAACAACAUAUAAUUUAGCCUUAACAGUAAAAAUUCAUCUCUGUGCUAUUCUGUACUGUUUCAUAUUUGUAAUUGAUUUGACAAAUAUUUGUUAAAUUGAUGUUUUAUUCCAUUUCUCAACUGAAUCUUCUUGUACUAUUUAUGUAAAACAGUGAGAUUCUAAUUUGGUUUAAGUACAGCACUGAUGUUGUUUAUGACCAGAAUAAGGCAUAAUUAGGUUUGAAAUAAAGUGUACAUUGUGUCUU